UUACAUGCAGAAGUUUGACAGCUCAGCGCAAGAAGCUGUCAGCCCGUCGGUACAAAGCUGAGCCAUACACCUGAUCGCAUUUAGUGUCUGGGGAAACAUUUCUUGGAGGAUAAAAGAACACCUGAGGAUAUUGUAAUGCUGAACUGUCACCAAAGGCGAGACUGAAGUCCUGAAGUUUUAAUCGUAUUUUAUUAAUUUUCCGGAUCAGUGACAAUUUCUACGUAUUUUGAAAAGGGAUUACUAAAAUGUCGAGAGACCCCGACGAAGUUAGCAAACUCACCGAGAGUACCUACAAGAAUGUUAUGGAACAGUUCAACCCGGGUCUGCGGAACCUCACCAACCUUGGCAAGAGCUAUGAGAAAUCGGUGACAGCGAUGACCCAGGCUGGGAGGCUCUACUUUGAUGCUGUCUCAAAGAUUGGGGAGAAUGCAGCCAUAUCGCCAGUGUCCAGAGAGCUUGGGGUGGUGCUGAUGGAGAUAUCAGAGGUCCAUAAAAAGGUUUACCUUGAGCUGGAGGAAAAUUUUAAAAAGUUCCACAAAGAGAUCAUUGAAGAACUGGAGAGGAAGACAGAAAUGGAUGUGAAGUACAUGACAGCCACGUUCAAGCGCUACCAGAUAGAGCACAAGAUGAAGCAGGACUCUCUGGACCGCUCGCACUCCGACCUGAAGAAGCUCCGCCGCAAAAGCCAGGGCAAGAACGCCUCCAAGUACGAGAGCAAGGAGAGUGAGUGCCUGGAGACACUCACCCAGAGGCAGGUGGAUAUGCAGCGGUUCAUUGCUGAUGGCUGCAGGGAGGCCUUGCUGGAGGAGAAGAGGCGCUUCUGCUUUCUAGUAGACAAGCACUGCAUCUUCUCUGACCACUUCGCCAGCUUCCACGAAAAGUCGAAGGAGAUGCUCACGUUGAAGCUGCCCACCUGGCAGGACAAAUGCGGCGAUGCCACCAACAUGCCUGACAGCAUCGUGUCCAUGAUAGAGGGCGUGCGCACGCCUGUGGCUAUGACCCCCCAGCCCUCGCCUCAGACCCAGCGCCACAGCAGGAAUAACUCGGACACAAUGGUUCCACCGCCAGCGCCGGUGCUGAAGGCCCAGACCAGUCCACUGGCCAACAUGUUCAGCCAGGAGACAGGCAGACCACAACACACCAAUGAGCAUGGCGGCGGCGAGGAGAACGGCAGUCUGCAGCGAGCCGUGUCCGUGUCGUCGGGCCUCAACAACAUGGUCCGGCGGCCGCGCGUGCGCACCAUCUUCCCCCACGCGGCCAGCAACAACAGCACGCUGCUCUGCUUCGACGAGGGCGACAUCAUCACGUUGCUCAUCCCGCAGGAGAGGGACGGCUGGCUGUACGGGGAGCUGGACAACACCAAGCAGAGGGGUUGGUUUCCAAGCUCUUACUGCCAGGCUUACACAGAACCUACGGCCAAUAACAGUGUGUACCAUCCACCGGUGCGCAGUAAAAGUGUGGCCAACCUGAUGCAGCAGCAGCAGCAGGAGGAUGAGCAGGAGGCGGAGCAUGAGUACGUUCCAGUGGUUCUCCCCCCACCCGACUACAGCGACUCCCCCACCAGGACUCAGCCGAGCCCGGCCCAGAACUCCCACAGCGCUCCCAACACCGCCCCGAACACGGUGCACAGAAUGAAUGGAAUCUCAAGACCACCUUUCCUUGCAGGUGGAGGAAACCCAUUUGCUACUGUCAGACUGCGGCCCACCGUCACCAAUGACAGAUCGGCUCCCGUCAUCUGAGAGAGGAGCCCAGGGACACUAGCAUGAUGCAGAGACUGAUCUGGACUGAUUCGGACGCCUGUGGGAAGACACGAUGUCAAAGAUGUCAAGUUUUGUGUUCAUUUGUAUUGUUUAGAGUAGACAGGUAACUGCUGUAUACAAUCGGUCUGGCACUGUGAGCUGGAGUGAGUAGAGAAGUACAUUUAUUUAUAUAACUUUUAGAGAGAUACAGUAUACAUGUAUAUUUUGCUAAUCAGUUCUGACAUUGCCACUAGUGAUACAGGCAAUUUAUGCAACAAAGCAAGAUGACAUAAUACAAAUAUCUAAAAUUGUACAUUCUCUUCCUAUGUAGAUAGAUUUUCGCUGUAUCUUGUUGAAGUUGAAUAACCGUUAAGGAUAUAAUGUUGCCAUAGGACAAAUACUGAAUGUAUACUGUAUGUGGGGCUGACAUUGAAUGAACGUCCCUCUGAUAGUGUUGCUAGUGUUUUGAUUAUGUGCUUUGUCUGUUGACAAUAAUAUUUUAAAUACCUACUGAUGUCUAUGAUACAAGCCCGAGAUGGAGAGGCAUAUGGGCCCGAGAUGGAGAGGCAUAUGAGCACAUUGUAGGAAGUCCUCUACUGAAUGUGCAGGAAUUUAUUUGUCUUGAAAGCAAAAGUAGGACUGGGACACAAAGCAAACUCAGUUCACUGUCAUGACAGAUGAUGCUGAAUGGAGAGACUGGGCAGGCCUAGUUGUCUGAAAUGACUUGAGUCAGCUUUGGGAGGAUAGUUUAGGGCAUAUACUGAACUUCUCUCAUGGAAGCACACACAGUAGCAGAUAGUUUCAAUAGAGCCUUGAUUUGUAAAUGUGUUCUCCUCAGCAUGGACUUCAUUUAAGUGUUUCUUUACUUUCAACAGCACUUGUAGUUUCUGUGCCAUGGCCCAGCUAUUCAAGUACUGUCUGCAUAUAGAUUCCACACAGAAAUGCUAGACAUGCAACACUCAGCCAGUCCUUCUGUUUAUUCAGUGUUUUUGUCUACUGUGGAUACUUUUGGAUGUACAGUAUACGACUAGAUUUGAUUCACACAGUGAAGAACACUUUUGCCUUAACCUCUAAUUCAGCCCUGUAUUUUCCUCCACCAGAAAGACAUCUUGUGCAGGUGUAAAGUUAACACUGUGUUUCUCCCUUCAUCACAUUUACUGCCAUUUCAACUUGGCAUUUCAGGGAAGCCAUUCAGAUGCCUAGUGCAAAGCUUCUUUUUAUUUUCUCUUGCUGCUGUUUAUCAUGUGACUAUGUUGCAUACUUGCUCUAUGAAGAUAAAAAUAAAUGUUUUAUUUCUGCA